UUUUUUUUUUUUUUUUACAUCUACAAACCCUUUGUGUAUGAAGUUUUUUAACUUAGACUGGAAAGAUUUUAGACUGGAAAGUUUCCACAACAAAGGAUAAGCGGUAUAGAAGAUGGAUGGAUGGAUGAAUGGAUGGAUGGAUGAAUGAAUGGAUGGAUGGAUGAAUGGAUGGAUGGAUGGAUUGUUGCCCUCUCCAAGAUGGCGGCGACGUUGCCGAUUCUGGUAGAAUCAAAGGAGUCUGCGCAGGAGUUACGCGCUAUAAUUACGCAGGCCGGGACGCUCCCCCAGAUUCUCCAUGCUCUACGCCAGGAGCGUACGUGUCGUGUUGUACGUAGCCAUAUGCACACAGGGGGAGUGAGAGGAGCAUGAAUGGAGCAAAAUGGCGGAUCAUGUGCAGAGCCUAGCCCAGCUAGAGAUCCUGUGUAAGCAGCUGUACGAGACGACGGACACGAGCACGCGACUGCAGGCCGAGAAAGCGCUCGUGGAGUUCACCAACAGUCCAGAGUGUCUGAGCAAAUGCCAGCUGCUGCUGGAGAGAGGCAGCUCGUCUUAUUCUCAGCUGCUCGCAGCCACGUGCCUCUCCAAGUUGGUGUCUCGCACAAGCAACCCUCUGCCACUGGAACAGCGAAUCGACAUCCGUAAUUACGUGCUGAACUACCUGGCGACGCGGCCGAAGCUCGCCGCGUUUGUCACUCAGGCUCUGAUUCAGCUCUACGCCCGAAUCACUAAACUCGGCUGGUUCGACUGUCAGAAGGAGGAUUACGUCUUCAGGAAUGUCAUCGUGGACGUCACAAGAUUCCUGCAGGACAGUGUUGAACACUGCAUCAUCGGAGUCACGAUUCUUUCCCAGUUAACCAAUGAGAUUAACCAAGUAAGUUCCUCCGCCAUCUUCCAUGAUGCCGAUACGACGCAUCCGCUUACAAAACACAGGAAGAUUGCGUCAUCGUUCAGAGACUCUUCUCUGUUUGACAUCUUCACACUCUCCUGUAAUCUCCUCAAACAGGCGUCAGGAAAGAACUUGAACCUGAACGAUGAAGGCCAGCACGGUUUGCUAAUGCAGCUCCUGAAGCUUGCGCACAACUGCCUCAACUUCGAUUUCAUCGGCACGUCCACAGACGAGUCCUCAGACGACCUGUGCACCGUCCAGAUUCCCACCAGCUGGAGAUCAGCCUUUCUGGACUCGUCGACGCUGCAGCUGUUUUUCGAUCUCUACCAUUCCAUCCCUCCAUCCCUCUCUCCCCUGGUUUUAUCGUGCUUAGUUCAGAUCGCGUCGGUCCGGCGUUCACUGUUCAACAACGCUGAGCGAGCAAAAUUCCUUUCUCAUCUAGUCGAUGGCGUUAAGAGGAUAUUGGAGAACCCACAGAGUUUAUCGGACCCAAAUAAUUACCAUGAGUUUUGCCGCUUGCUGGCCCGACUGAAGAGUAACUAUCAGCUCGGCGAGUUGGUGAAAGUGGAGAAUUAUCCAGAAGUUAUCAGACUUAUUGCGAACUUCACUGUCACCAGCUUGCAGCACUGGGAGUUUGCGCCCAACAGUGUUCACUACCUGUUGAGUCUGUGGCAGCGUUUAGCCGCGUCCGUGCCCUACGUUAAAGCCACAGAGCCUCACAUGCUCGAGACGUUCACACCCGAAGUGACCAAAGCUUACAUCACAUCCCGUCUGGAGUCCGUGCACAUCAUCCUGAGGGAUGGGAUGGAGGACCCUCUGGAUGACGCCGGUUUGGUGCAGCAGCAGCUGGAUCAGCUCUCCACCAUUGGCCGCUGCGAGUACGAGAAAACUUGUGCCCUGCUCGUCCAACUUUUCGACCAAUCAGCUCAGUCCUACCAAGAGCUCCUCCAAUCAAACUCCAGCACCAUUGACGCUGCCGUGCAGGAAGGUCGUUUAACGUGGUUGGUGUACAUUAUCGGAGCCGUUAUCGGGGGCAGAGUUUCCUUCGCCAGCACAGACGAGCAGGACGCCAUGGACGGAGAACUUGUGUGCCGCGUUUUGCAGCUGAUGAACCUGACAGAUUCUCGGCUCGCGCAGGCUGGGAAUGAGAAACUGGAGCUCGCCAUGCUCAGCUUUUUCGAACAAUUCCGCAAAAUUUACAUUGGAGACCAGGUGCAAAAAUCCUCCAAGCUGUACCGGCGGCUUUCAGAGGUGCUGGGACUCAACGAUGAGACGAUGGUGCUCAGUGUGUUUAUCGGCAAAAUAAUCACUAAUCUGAAGUACUGGGGACAGUGCGAACCAAUCACAUCCAAAACACUACAGCUUCUCAACGAUCUCUCCAUCGGGUAUAGCAGUGUGAGGAAACUGGUGAAGCUCAGCGCCGUCCAGUUCAUGCUCAACAACCACACGAGUGAACACUUCUCCUUCCUGGGUGUGAACAAUCAGUCCAAUCUGAGUGAUAUGAGAUGCAGGACCACAUUUUACACAGCAUUAGGACGCCUGCUCAUGGUCGAUCUAGGUGAGGAUGAGGACCAGUUCGAGCAGUUUAUGCUUCCUCUGACUGGCGCGUUUGAAGCCGUCGCACAGAUGUUCAGCACAAACACUUUCAACGAGCAGGAAGCCAAGAGAACAUUGGUGGGUUUGGUGAGGGAUUUGAGAGGCAUCGCCUUUGCCUUUAAUGCCAAAACCAGCUUUAUGAUGCUCUUUGACUGGAUCUACCCAUCGUAUAUCCCAAUCCUACAGCGAGCUAUAGAGCUGUGGUAUCACGUUCCAGCCUGCACAACACCUGUGCUCAAACUCAUGGCUGAGCUCGUACAUAACAGGUCUCAGAGGUUACAGUUCGACGUGUCCUCGCCAAAUGGCAUCCUGCUGUUCCGAGAAACGAGCAAGAUGAUCACGACAUACGGCAACCGUAUACUGACUCUAGGUGAAGUGCCGAAGGAACAGGUGUAUGCGCUGAAGCUGAAAGGAAUUUCCAUCUGCUUCUCCAUGCUGAAAGCCGUACUCAGUGGAAACUACGUCAACUUUGGCGUUUUCCGUCUCUACGGCGACGAUGCACUCGAUAACGCACUCCAAACCUUCAUUAAACUGCUGCUGUCCAUCCCACACAGCGACCUACUGGACUAUCCAAAGCUCAGUCAGUCAUAUUACUCUCUGCUGGAGGUGCUGACACAGGAUCAUAUGAACUUUAUCGCCAGCCUCGAACCUCACGUUGUCCUGUACAUUCUGUCAUCCAUUUCAGAAGGACUCACAGCUCUUGAUACAAUGGUGUGUACAGGCUGCUGUUCGAGUCUCGAUCACAUAGUGACGUAUUUGUUCAAGCAGCUGUCGCGCAGCACCAAAAAGAGAGCGGCUCCCAUGACUCAGGAGAGCGACCGCUUCUUCCACAUCAUGCAGCAGCACCCAGAGAUGAUCCAGCAGAUGCUCUCCACUGUACUGAAUAUCAUCAUUUUUGAAGACUGCAGGAAUCAGUGGUCCAUGUCCCGGCCUCUGCUCGGUCUCAUCUUACUAAACGAGAAGUAUUUUGCAGAUUUAAGAAACAGCAUUGUGAACAGUCAGCCUCCAGAGAAACAGCAGGCCAUGCACUUAUGCUUUGAAAAUCUAAUGGAGGGUAUCGAGCGCAACUUACUUACUAAAAACCGUGACAGGUUCACGCAGAAUCUUUCAGUCUUUAGGAGAGAAGUGAACGACUCCAUGAAGAAUUCCACGUAUGGUGUCAACAGCAACGACAUGAUGAGCUGACAUUCCACUCUGCUGCAGGCUCCGCCCACUCAACUAGACCCCACCUCUGGAGCCCACAGGCCCCUUCCUCUCUUCCCCCCACACACUCCACUCUUCCUUCCUCCCUUUUUAUAUAUACACAUAUAAAUAUAUACAUAUUUUAAAGCCAGUUUCCAGAACCCAUGAGCGUGAGGAACGGUGUGUAUCGGGGAUGUGGAGGGGGGUGUGUGUGUGUGUGUGUGUGUGUGUGUGUGUGUGGAUCGGAACAGGGUUGGGUUGGUGUGUGUGUGUGUGUGUGUGUGUGUGUGUGUGUGUGUGUCUGAGAGAGAGAGAGAGAGAGAAAGUAGUGUAUUAAAUGCUAUGAUAUGGAGUAGAUUGGCAUCAGCUCGUGUUUAGAGUGUGUGGUGUGGUGUUUUCAGCUAUGUGGGGUGGGAAAACGUGUGGGGGUGUGUGAGAGAGUGUGUGUGUGAGUGAGGGGGAAGGGGGCGAGCUGCUCUGCUUCUGCCUGCCUUGUAUAGAAACACGCAAGAGGAGACAAAGUGUACAUUUUUUGUCAUAACAAUUUUUGAUGAUGUUUAUAAUGAUUACAAAAUUAAGGACAAAAAACAUAAAAUACAAAAAUGUGUGAUUGGGUAAAAACCAGAUCUUUUUACAGUGUAGUUAGUGCAGCUGUGCUGAAAGUGUGGCUUGUCUGUGUGGAGAGACAGAAUGACUGAAGGAUUGGAUCUGUCUUUGUGUUGAGAAUUAGGGGAUUUACAGGUUUUAAAUGGUGUACAUUUUCCUCAAAAUGAACCUGAAGAAGGAGCAAAAACGCGCCGGAGACUGUAAAUAAAUAUUUUUGACGUGCAGCAAUGCCUGUUCAUGGCCACAAGGGGGCACUUGUGUGGCAAAUCAGUUCGCUAAGGCAAUGUAUUUCAAUAACAGUUCUUAAAACAAUCUAUUGAGUUUGUGACAUCUUUAUUUAAGGUCUGCGUACUGCUUUUAGCCACCCGUGUUGAGUUCCCCUGCUGACUCAGAAGUGUGUUGUUGAUAUUUUUCAGUACUUGACUUGAGCAGCCGAAUUCCAUUAGAGAAAUAUCCAUUUCAUUCCCACUUUGUCAUCCUUGUCCUUAUUAGCUAGCAGGGUAAAUUUCAGAUAUUGUGUGAGGAAUAAAAAUGAAUUUGAACAUGGACAAUCAAAUGUUCGCAUUAUUUCUGAAAUGUUUAUUACUCCUGUAUACGCUUAUAAACAAUUUCAUCACUCAGUUAUUAAAAAAGGGAUCCAGUCAGAUUGAAAUUCCUUCUGAACUCUCCAGUAAAUUUGAUCCCCCAUCUAAGAAGCUAUUGUUUCUGUUGGAGCGGGACUCAACCCAGGGGAAGUCAACAAGGGCGUCUUAAAAACAAGAAUGAGACGUAGGGCGAGAUUUGGCCAUCCGAUUCUUUAUCUAAGGUCUUUUGAGGACUGUAAAAUACAAAAUGAAUCAUGAUUGUAGAGGAAUUAGAUCAGCCUGCACUUUGUGUUCUCACAAAAUCAUUUUAAAUUUUUUUUUUUAUUUAAUUUUUUUUUUAUAUAUAAUAAACACAGACUGGUGCCCUCUUACAGGUUGCAACUGUCUUCUUAAAAAAAAAAAAAAAAACGCAACUUGGUACUAAACAUUGAUAAAGCAAGAGCUGAUCACACUUGCCAGUUUGCCUCUAGCUUGCCCCUCACCCCUCUUUAAAAUUUUUUCCCCCUCUGAAGAAUUCCAGUUGUUUUUUUUACGCGGCAAAGAGAUAAUGGUAAUGAUAAUGUCAAAAAUAUGGUAGAUUUACAAAAACAGAACCAGAAUGGAAUAUUUUAGCAACUUGUGCUACUUCUCAACAUGCUGCUGCUAACUGUUUGUGAAGAACUAGCUCAUCUCUUUAACAAUGUCCAACACUCAUUUAAGUUUCGUUCUUUUUCUUUUUUUUUUGUUCCCUGAUGUGAAUGUGUCUCUGUUUGACAACUGUGUGUGUGUGUAUGUGUGUGUGUGUGUGUGUGGAGUCAUUUGAGUGAUAAGGUAGCUGGUUGAAAUGUUUGGAUGUCUGCUACAUAUAGUGUAAGCAUUGUGACUGCAAAAUAAACGUCAAUGGUUUGUA